AUGGGGGAGCGAGAGGCUGAGCCCACCAUGCCACAGACAGAACUAGAGGAGAUCACCAGCAAACUUUCCGAUCUGAACAAAUGGAGAGAAAUCUUUAGUUUCCAUGGUUUGGAAAUCAGCAAUACAACUCCCCAGCCAGGCCAGGGCAGCGCUGGCCAUGCACUGCCUGCAGACAAAGAGCCCGUGGGGCCACCACCACCUCGCUCUGCCGUGCCCAGACCCCUCCUGAUGCCAUCAGGCACAGCUGGCCAGCACGUCUCCCUGGAAAUGGCCAUGGGGCUGCGAAAGCUGCUCUUUGGCAAUGGGUUCCAUCACUUCAGCUGUGAAUGGGCAAACGCCUGCUUCAGGUUUCGGGAGCCGCACUCUGACCUGGCCUAUGCCUUGGAGGCAGGAAAGGGGGGAACAAGAGCCAUUCUGAUGGCUGUACAAGCACACAUCAUCAAAUACCUGCUUUUCAUAAGAAACACAGAAUAUACUCACCUGGAAAGGCUGUGCCAGGUGAGCAGGCAGGAGCAAGGACAGGCGCUGGCCACAGCCCUGGCAGACAUGCUGUGGGCCACAGCAGGCAGCAGAGUCGUUGUCUGCCUCACCAGCACUGCCAGCCACACCACAGCACACGGACACUACAAAGCUGACAGCCUCACGGAAAGGAUACAGCUGUUUGAGUUCUCUGAGAAAGCAGCAGCUCAGCAGUUCAUCUUUGACCAUAUAGAUUGUUUCAAAGGCGAAGGAAGUCAUGGAGUGAUCCUAUUUUUAUACAGUUUACUUUUCUCUAGGACACUUGAAAGGGUCCAAGAAGAUUUAGGUUGCACAGCAACUCCUCUGUUAAAAUGCAGUUUUGGAAGUGUUACCUGUACACAGGCCCUGCUCAGCCUCCUCCUGACGGGUUGUGCGAGCCCACACAAGUUGGAUGGUGGCCCAGAGCCGAGGCCUGGCAGCCAAGGUGGUGAGGCAAGGCAGCGGCGGGGCAUGGUGGGCUACCUGCGGUGGGACAGGGCACAGCCGGAGCAGCAGGUGUGCGCCGCACUGAGGACACCCCGGCUGCCCGUCUGGCUGUGCAGCCUCUCUGGGAGGCACAGCGUCCUCUUUGGCACCGACAGCCUGCUCCUCUCCCACUGGAGAGCCGAGAGAGUCUUCCACCUGUACUUCUACAACGGGCAGCGGGAGCGGACGGAAACCGCCUGGCUAACAGUUGAUACUCAUUCACAUCUCUGGGAAGAGGAUCACAGGGAAGACUCAAGCAGCACAGGGAAGAGGCAUCCGUCCCUGGAGAUGGCAAUCAGGACCAAGUGGGCAGGCGCAACUGUCAGCUGGAAUGGGACAGAGCCCUUCUUCUGA